AUGGCUGACGAUACAGUGAAAGUUACUGGUGGUGCUGAAGUACCCGAUGUGAGUCCAGGAGCUGGUUUUCAAGUAUUUGUUGAUAUGGCUAAUUUGCAUAAUAAAUUAAAAUUACUUAAUUAUGAUGACGAAUACGUUAUGAAAUGGAGAAUGAAACCAAUAUCACGAAUUCAUUUCUCUGUGACAACUAAUCCAGGAGAUCAGCUGCACGCCUUUAUUGCUCUUUCAGCAUGGCUUUUUCAAAAAGGUGGUAUUCGGUUUGAAAAGCCAAGCGAGGAUGAUGACCAGAGUGUCUUACUUCAAAAUAUUAUCGCCCAAUUUAAGAAACUGGGUCAUGAUAUAACCAUCAGUGCGAAUAAACUUCGAUCGGGUUCUGGUGAAUCUGUUGUCUAUAUUCUAAAUCGACUUGCUGAUGAUGCACUUAAGAAAAUUAGUUUCACUUGGCGAUUACCUGAGAAACCUGAUGAAUUACCAGAUGCUGAUGAUUCAGGUCCUAAAGAUGACGACAAUGAAAUUGAUGUGAAUAAAAUUGACGAAGAAAUGUUUAAUAGGGAUACAGAUGCCGAUGAGUAUGAAGAAGAUGAAGCUAUACUCAAUAUGGAAGCUUUAACUAAAUUAGGUUUAAAAUCAAGUUCAGUGGGAGCUGCUGCAAUGUCUGAACCUGAAGUUCGACCUGAACUAAUUAUGGAAUCGACAACAGAUGCAACAGAAUGGAAAUUAGAAGUUGAACGUGUAUUACCACAACUUAAAGUAACAUUUAAAGCAGAAAAUAAAGAUUGGCGUGCACGACAAGAACAACGUUUAACGUAUAAAUCUCAAAUUGCUACUUCACUUAAAGAUGCUGAACAAAUGUUAACAAGAUUUCAUACAGAUAUUGCUAAAUCAUUAGAAAAAAUUACGACUCGUGAGCAAUAUAUUAAUUCUCAAUUGAAUGAUCAUGUUCAUGAAUUUCAUCAACAACAAGAUUUAUUAGCACAAGCUAAGCAACAUUAUCGGCACAUUUCAUCGGGUAUAACAGAAAAAUCUCAACAGCUAACUCAAAUUACAGCCGAGUUAUCACAAAUUAAAGAAGAAAUGGAAGAGACUGGACAAAAUGUUACAGAUGGAGGUCCGUUGGUUAAAAUCAAGAAAGCUAUUGAAGAAUUAAAUCGUGAUAUAAUUCGUGUUGAUGUUCGUAUAGCUGUACUCGAACAUACUCUUAUGCAAUCAAAAGUACGUGAAAAAGAAGAAGCCAAUGAUGAAAAAGCUGAUUAUCUACUCAAUGAACUAGAAUUUGAUUAA